AUGUUCCGGGAGCCUGAAGAGGAUGCAGCAGAUCAGGCUACUACCAAGCUCGAUCGUAAUGCAGCAACACGUCGCUCCUCGAUCAGGCGUGAAUCUACCCUGCGCCCUGGACGGAAUACUACAUCCCGCCAACUCCUACAACUUCUAAGGGCCGGUGAGGUCCAAGUGGUGCAAGAGCCGGAACACAGCAGACCUUCAGGUCUUCCGUCACGGAUACCGGAACGCGACAUCCAUGACCUCGAUUUUGAGCUUGACCGGUUACGCUCCAUGCGCCAAAGACGCCGCGCGCGUGCCACACAAUUGGAGCGAGAAUUAGCCAGUCGUUCCAACAUCGAUCCGAUCCGACCAGAAGCCGAUCUUCGUCGAGACAUUGACCUUGAUGCGCUGGCUGAGGCUGGAAUGGAAGUCUUCCUGUCCGACUCCGAAGGGAACCUCACACAACACCUGCCGCGUCCGUCGAGGGAAUCGGGUCUGCGAUUCGAAGUUGCAGCCACGCCUUCGUCCGAGUCCGAGCAAUCGCGUCGCGCCCGCAUUGACAGCGACAACCUCAGAAUCCCAUUCCAACCACCGGUUGCGUCAACACCUGCUUGGGCGUACGGUCCUGCAGCAAGCGACACCGAUGAUGACAACGACAACGAGAACCCUUCUUCGACCUCAAUUUUCCCGCCCCGAUCACCAUUUCGACCACCUCCACCAGUCGCGGGUACCCGACGACCCAUCGGCGGUGUGGAUGGCUUGCUGGACACGCCUCCCCCCGAAGGGUUGGAAGCAUCGUAUCCGCCUCUGCGACGUGUCAACCACAUGUCACCACGGCCGUUGGGAAUGUCAAGUUCGAGAAUGGAUGGCUUGGGCGAUCGCGUGCGAAGCCCUAGUCCAAGCUCGCCCCAAGAGGAAAAUUGGUCCAGUCUUUUGAGUAAUAUCGGGACUGGUCGAUCAAGUGUGGCAACUUCUUUUAUGUCACGCUCAGACUCGCGAAAUGGAUCUAACCGAUCCUCUCAGACAGCAGCGACGAGCUUUGGUGAAAUUGGCGGUGAUGAUUCGUGUGAUCUAGACCUGCCCUCCGGAAUCACCGAAGAAGAUGCCCGACAAAUCCGAGCACGACAUGGAAGACUGGGGAGGAGAACGAUUGGCGUCAGACGUCAUGGUCCGACCUCCGAAGAGCUGGAGCGACUGAGUAGAGGGAAUGACCGGUUACUGGAACUGGAGUUGUUCGGGGUGAUACUGGACCGCAUGCAAAGAAGAGAGGAAAUCCCUGACGACUGGUGGGCUGCCGUGGGUCUUUCAUCUGAGGUGGUUCGGGGAAGGGCAUAA